ACCGUUCAGUAAUGAAAAUGCCUUGGUUGCAGUGGGUUGUUGGCGGGGUGACUCUUUGGUUGAGUUGCUCGACAAUAUGGUAUCAGAAAGAAAGUGCACAGAAGGACUUAAUCGAACUUGCUUCAAAAGACUUGUGGGAUGGCAGCACAUUUUUCUACGACAAAAGUCGAAGGUACAAAACUAAAAUGUUUGCCAUGUCAAGACCGUCGGGAGAACUUGAUCCCAAAGUGUGCUUGGGAUCCCAAUUAUCAGUGGACCGUAUGGAAGAAGUGUUCACAAUGAUCCAGGCUUGGGAUGGGCCCACUAGUAUCUCGUUAUUCGGACCGGGCCUUGACUUUCAUUUGGCUGUCACAUUUCUUGACUAUCUGCGUAAGUGUCACCACUCAGUUUUAGAUGGAAAGAGCUUUCAUUUAGUGUUUCCAGUGGAUCAACCCAUGCAACGGAUUCCAGAUCUGACCGAAAAUCUCAGUAGCUGCGAUUUAAGUCCGAAGAAUGUGUCGGACAAAUUACUUUCCUUGAGGUCGCCUGCAAUGUGGAAGUGGCGACAAAACUAUUCUUACCCGUUUAAUUUCAUGCGGAAUGCCGCGAAACAGGGCUGCCAUUCUGAGUUCAUACUUAUGUUGGACAUUGACAUGGUGCCCAAGAGGAAUCUUUACACAGAAAUGACCAAGUUCCUUCAAGACCCAUUUCCUCGGACUUGUUUGCAUUGUGCUUUCGUUCUACCUCUAUUUGAAAUCAGCUCUAAAGUGAAGAUUCAAGAUUAUCCAGAUACUAAAGAACAAUUGCAAAGUUACUUCAACAAGGGCCAUUUGAGGCCCUUCUACUUUAAGGUGUUUCCCACAGCUCAAAGAGGAACUCGAUAUCUCAAGUGGCUUAGCGUGACAAAUUCCUCUUCAAUAGCCUACAAGUUGGAUUCUUACGAAUUCAUGUACGAACCAGUGUUUGUGGUGAGGAGCCAAUACCCGGAUUACCCAGAGAUGUUUUAUGGCUAUGACAUGGAUCGGAACAGUCAGAUGUAUGAAAUGGUCAUGGCGAAAUUCAAGUUUUAUGUUCUCAACCAAGCAUACGCCAUCCAUCCCGGAUUCAAGUUGGCCGGAACGUUUCCCCAGUUUCGUCUCGAACAGCGACACUUGAACAACCUUCGCUUUCGCGAUUACGCGCGAAUUUUAAGUGCUCGCUACGGCCGCGAUCCUUGUCGAAUGACCCAAGCACUGCCAAUUGUCACAUCACCUUCAAAAGUGAAUUGUUUGAUUGAUAUCUGAUUAAAUGAUAA